UGCCCUUUUUCCUUGCGUUUCUUUCCUUCUUCCAUUAGAAUACAAAGAAAGAAAAAAAAGAGUGUGUGACAAAGAAUUAAAGAUGGAAUGUAGAAAAUUGCUCAAAGGUUCAGGUCCAUUAGUAGGUAUGAUAAUGGUGCAAGUAAUAUCAACUGGGUUGCAAAUACUUUCAAGGGUUAUUUUAACACAAGGAACCUUCAUUUUUGCUCUCAUGGCUUAUCGCCAUCUUCUUGCUGCUCUUUGCAUUGCUCCUUUCGCAUUUUUUCUUGAAAGGGGAAAUGGAACAAAGUUGACCUUAAUGGUGGGAGUUUGGGUCUUUCUUAGCUCUUUAUCCGGGAUAACCAUGGGUAUGGGAAUGUUCUAUUAUGGACUUCGCGACACCACAGCGACAUAUGCCACCAAUUUCCUCAACUUAAUUCCAAUUGUUACCUUUAUGUUUUCCAUCAUUACAAGAAUAGAGAAGUUAAAUUUGAGGACAACCAAAGGAAAAGUAAGGGUGGCAGGAACAAUCCUCUGCUUGGCUGGAGCUCUUAUUAUCAGUCUCUACGCAGGAAGUGUUGUUAUUUCUGGAUCUCAUCAUGCUCAUCUCCCAACUUUGAUGAUUGCCAAAAUCGUCAAGCCAGAUUGGACACGUGGCACUAUUAUACUUGUUGCAAGUGUUUUAUCCUAUGCUACAUGGUUCAUAGUGCAGGUGAAGUUGCUAAAUGCAUUUCCAUCAAAGUACUGGGCAACAAUGUUAACGUGUAUAUCAGCAUCAAUUCAAACAGCAGUUGUUGGCCUUUGCUUAGACAGAAGAAAGACUUCAUGGCAGCUACGAUGGAAUCUUCAGCUAAUUACCAUUGUUUACUCGGGAGUAUUGGCAUCAGCAGCAUCAUUUUACUUAAUCUCAUGGGCAGUUGCAAGCAGAGGUCCUACUUAUCCAGCCAUGUUUAAUCCAUUAUCUCUCAUAUUUGUAGCCAUCAUAGAAGUCCUACUUCUUGGAGAAGAUCUCAGAACUGGAAGUUUGCUUGGCAUGCUGGCGAUAAUAGUGGGAUUGUAUUUCUUCCUAUGGGGUAGUAGGAAAGAAAAGAAGAUUGAAUCACCCCUGCCUAAAUCAGUAAAAGGUGAAAUCCAAGUAAUGAAAAGCUAUGAACGAGAAGGGUCACAAUUGUCAGCAACUGUUGUUCCAACUACAUCGCCUGUUAGUCAUAGCUCUGAUGAACAACAUGAUGGGCUUUAGGCUAAACCAAUAAUUAUUAAAUCAGGGAUUAGGAUUAUUACUUAUUUAUAUAGCUACAUUGUGCUUAGUUUGUUUUAGUAUAUAUUGUAUAUUUUUCGUAAUUAUUUUAGAGUACAUCUUGAUGUACUUCAAGGAAUUUUUACUAUAGAAAGGGCAUAUAUUUGAGCCUUUUGUGGUAGUCUAGCACAUAUGACGCCAUUGUCUGAAAAUAGUAUAGCUCUACUUCAAAUUAUCUUCAUUUACCUACCCUUCCUUGAGAUAGUGGCUAAGGCACCUUCAUUACUAUGCGGGAAAUUUUCUUGUACAAUUGUUACGCCACGUAGAUCUACGGCCUUUCAGGAUCCUCGGCUAAGGAUUU